AACACACAGUUGCCGUGUUGAUAAUAAGAUUUAAAUAAAAGUCAGUGUUUAAUUGUUAAGUAGUAUAAAAAUGGCACUUGCAAGGACCAAACAAUUGUUCUCUUUACGAAAUGCACUCAGGCAACAGAUCUCAUUUUCUACUGAGCCCUUAUUUCCUGGCGCCAAAACAACAUGGACAGAAACUCUCGAAUUCGCCGAAAAAACAAAACCAAUUCCAGUUUAUCGAGUAAUGGACCGGCAAGGCAACGUUAUACACGAAAAAGAGGAUCCAAAGCUUCCCCAAAACACCAUCUUAAAAAUGUACAAAGACAUGACACUUUUAAAUGUGAUGGACAAAAUCUUAUACGAGUCUCAGAGGCAAGGGCGAAUAUCAUUUUAUAUGACCAACUACGGAGAAGAAGCUUCUCACAUCGGAAGUGCCGCUGCUCUAGAUAACCAAGAUGUGGUCUAUGGGCAAUACAGGGAAGCUGGUGUGUUACUUUGGAGAGGGUUUACUUUGCAGCAGUUUGUCGAUCAAUGUUACGGAAAUGUGGAUGAUGCGGGGAAGGGUCGACAGAUGCCGGUGCAUUAUGGGUGCAAGGAGUUGAAUUUUAUUACCAUUUCCAGCCCUCUGGCCACUCAACUGCCGCAGGCUGUUGGUGCCGCUUAUGCACUCAAAGGAAAGAAUCGUGUGGUUAUUUGCUACUUUGGUGACGGGGCUGCCUCUGAAGGGGAUGCCCAUGCAGCCUUUAACUUCGCUGCCACCCUCGAAUGUCCUGUUAUCCUGUUUUGCAGAAACAAUGGAUAUGCCAUUUCUACCCCGGUUCAAGAACAGUAUCGUGGCGAUGGAAUUGCUGCCCGAGGGCCUGCUUAUGGAAUUAACACUCUCAGAGUUGACGGAAAUGAUGUCUUUGCUGUUUAUAAUGCGACUAAAAAAGCUAAGGAAUACGCUAUUAAAGAGAGCAAACCGGUUGUUAUUGAGGCGAUGACGUAUAGAGUUGGUGAUCACUCCACAUCAGAUGAUAGCUCUGCCUACAGAUCCACUGAAGAAGUGCAGACUUGGAUAAAUAACGAUUAUCCGACAAAUAAAUUGAGGUAUUACUUAGAACAAAAGGGUUUGUGGAACGAUGAUCAGGAGAAACAAUGGUUGGCGCAAGCAAGGAAAGAUGUGCUGACUGCUUUCAAUGCGGGGGAAAAGAAAUUGAAACCUAAUUGGUCUGAGAUGUUUGAGGAUGUUUACAAAUUUAUGACACCAGAUUUAAAGUCUCAGUUGGAGGAAAUGAAAGCUCACGUGGAGAAAUACAAAGAACACUAUCCGGUUGAUAAAUUUGUUAAGUAAAACUUGUAAAUAAAUUUCCUUUGUUUUAUUUUUAUAUGGGUAUUUGAAAAAAUAUAAAAUAAAAAAAUUAAAUAUUU